AUGUCCAAAGUUUUCUUCGAUGUCGAGGCUGACGGCCAGCCAAUUGGCCGUAUCACUUUCAAGUUGUACAACGACGUGACCCCAAAGACCGCUGAGAACUUCAGAGCUCUCUGCACGGGCGAAAAAGGUUUCGGCUACGCCGGCUGCCCAUUCCACAGAGUCAUCCCAGACUUCAUGUUGCAAGGUGGUGACUUCACCCACGGUACCGGUGUCGGUGGUAAGUCCAUCUACGGUGGCAAGUUCCCAGACGAAAACUUCGCCAAGAGACACGACAAGCCUGGUUUGUUGUCCAUGGCCAACGCUGGUCCAAACACCAACGGGUCUCAAUUCUUCAUCACCACCGUCCCAUGCCCAUGGCUAGACGGCAAGCACGUCGUGUUCGGUGAGGUCGCCGACGGUUUCGACGUGGUCAAGAAGAUCGAAUCCCUAGGUUCCCCUAACGGUGCCACCAAGGGCCGCAUCAUCAUCGCCAAGUCCGGUGAAUUGUAA